UCAGUGUCUGAUGACAAAUUUCCCCGCAAAUCAUUAUCACUCAAUUCUGCAAGCAGUUCUAAUUUACUAUCGCUGUUCUUUAGCUGGUCUAAAACCGCUUUUGACCUAAAGGGACGUUUUUUGGACGCCAUGGACGUUUCUCAGUUUCCAGGCAAAAAGAAAUUAAAAAAUGCAGGCAGGGCACAGGACAAAGCACUAGGGAGAAAAUUGAUAUGAAAUGCUUUGAUACAGUAAUGUUUUACUAUGUGAUUUUAAUGUAUUAGUGAAUGUCACUUUUUAAAAUAUUUAAAUUUCCUGCUGGUUUCGCCCCCGUACAUCUCGAUGUCACAGGGAAUGGAACCCGGAAGACGGAUGCCGGCAUCGGCCGGAGGAGAUGGCCGGGGACGCUGCACGGGGUACA